AUGAGUACCGAGGUACCAAUUGGAAGAUGGAAACCUCACAGACCCAGAGGCCCACUUUCAGCCACGUACAACAGCCCAGGACCCAAGUAUGGCUUGCCUGGGAGUACAGGCUAUAUUAACCACGACCCGUGCCAACCUCAAGCUCCUGCAUUCAGCUUUGGCUCACGCCGUUUUAAGAUCAUGAAUGGCUCUCCAGGGCCAGCACAUUUUAUUCCAUCCAACAUAACGGCAAAGGGCAAAGAUGGCACCCCUUCUUACUCCAUCUAUGGACGAAACAAGGACCUUAGUAGCUUCCAAACUCCUGGCCCAGGAUAUUACGCCCCUGAGCUUGCUAAGAAAUUGCCUUACCGCUCUGCUCCAGCGGUUUCAUUUGGAGCAAGAACAAAGAUGUUCAGCAAUGACCAGACACCGGGUCCAGCGGCAUAUAAGCUUCCCCCUAUAGUGGGUUCAAACUUGGUUAGUAGAUAUGCUGUACCAAACCUGUCUGUGGGUGGCAGGAGGGAAAUUGGAAGCAUCUAUCAAGACCUGAGGAAAACACCUGGCCCAGGAACCUAUGGAGCUGUGGAUCCAACUAAAUAUCAAAAUAGGCCUCCUCAGUACAGCAUGCAUUCCAGAAACGCCAUGCCCAGGGACUCAGCAAAAAAACCCAGCCCGGCAUCCUACAAACCUGAGAAGGUUGUCCUGACCCGGCCUCAAGCGCCUAAAUUCUCCUUUGGAAUCCGCCACUCACCACAUGUUGUGUCACUUAUAGUGGAUCUGGCAGAUAAGCCAAAAAAGUAUAACUGAUCAACUUGGCAGCUCUCCCUUUUUUUAUCCUGGGAUUUAGAGCGAGGGCCAAGUAGAAGAGAUGAUAGAUUACAUAGUUAGAUUAGAACGAGUUGAUGUCUAAUGCAUUGAUUCAAUAA